CAUUGACACAUUGAAAUCGGCAUGAAUGAAUCCGGGCAUGAAUCCGAUCACCAUGCACACCACACCGGCAAGAGCCAAGAGCCGGUCAUCAGAAACACCAUCAUGAGACAUCAGUUGCCAAUGAGUGAAUGUCGUGAGUCCGAAUGACGAUUCUGUGAGAUCAGACACCCAUGCAUCCAUCGGUGUCCAUUGCAGCACCGUACACCCACCCACGACGCACACCGACAUGCAAUGGCCGGCAUGACAUGACAUGACGCAGAGGGGGGCAUGGCAUGCAGAUGACCGGCACCCACCCACAUGACUGACGGAACGAAAGAAAAGAGGCACUCACGUGUAGGCAGGCUAUGGACAGACAGGCAGGGCACGCAAGUAGAAAACUCUGGACAUUGUCAUUAUAUGCCGAGAAACAAACACCAGGUGAAUUCAACGAAAUGGGCCACACACGUGUGUACGACAAAAUGUGUUGGGUGGGAGGGAGGAAAACCUCACUGGAGCGGACAUCCCCAGGGAGGGCAAAAACUUGCAUCUCCGAUGAUGCCACUCAUUCACUCACUCCUCUCACUGCGACACUCAAAAGCCAUCUAAAGAGGCCCAUCCCACCCCUCGACGUCGUCUCUCCUCUCUCCUACAGGCCCUCUACUCUAACACUCUGUCUUGUCUACAGGCCCUCUACUCUAACACUCUGUCUUGUCUGUCUGCUAUGUGACCAUCAUGUCUGUCUAUGCUAUGGUAUGCUAUUACCCAAGGCAGAAACUUGCAGCAGGCGUCUCGUCAUCGACUCGUGGCCACCCGCUCCCUCACAUGCGCCUUCUCAGCCUCUGCACAGCACAACCAAGACACACAUCACAUCACAUCCCACAGACCAAACCAUACAUACCACAUCCCCUAGUGUCUCUCUUCUCCCUCGCCCAGGUUGCCCUGUGUGCGUACCCAUUCCUGUCCCCACUUUUGUUCCCAGUCGCUGUUGCCCUGCUCCCAGUUGUUGCCGUCCUGGCCCGCGCCCCAGUCCUGCUCACCGCCCCAGUUGUGCUUGGGGUCGCCGUCCGGCCCCCCGGCGUGCACGGGGUCGGGGUUCGCCUGGCCCGGCUGCUGCUGGAACUGCGUGCAGUCGCCUUCCAGAGCCGCUGGCUCACCCGCAUCGGCAAACUUGAGCGCCUCAGAGUUGGCGCUGCACGCACGGCUGAAGUCAACACACGCGCAGAGCAGACACGCCAGGACGGAGGACGCGUCAAAAGGAAAGGGGCGUGGGCUGUGCAGCGUUGCUGGCUUUAAAGGAGCUCACCGCGUUGCUUCGCCCUGCAUGCUGUUCUGUUCGAUGCAGAACCUGAAGGCGACGUCAGCGGCGGUUGGCUGGUUGACAAUGUAGUAUCGGCUGUGGAUGGUGGCGUUGGCGAAGUCGCUCAUGUCCUUGGGCCACGCGCUGGGGUAGCCCUCCUUUGCGAAAUCGUAAUACAUGCCGGCGUCAGUAAUGUUGGCCUCCUGAUGGACCACAGAAACAACAGACAGCACAAUGAUCAAUCAGCCGACACUCAUGGUGGUAGCGUCAUGGCCAGGCAUCCGUGUGCCCACGUGGUCGUAAAGGACGAGCUCAUCGCCCUCCUGCUCUGACAUGACGGCUUCUGGCAGCCCCUCGUAGGUCUCCCAUCCGCUGAACUCGGCGCCUGGCUUGACGGCCACGACGGUCGCGCGCAGGAAGAGCGGGAAGUAGUCCUCGGCGCGGUGGCCGCAGAAGUCCCACUGCUUCUUGGCAUUGCUCACCAGGCAACCUGGCAAGCAACAUGACGCAACCACUCACUCACGUGUGAUGCGAAUCGGACGCGGUGCUGGGUGUGUCGUGCCCACCAAAGUUGGAGCACUUCUGGUUGUCCGCGGAGAGCACGUCGACCCCCAUCCUCGUGAACUCUGCACCACCACAAGAGACAGAAAGAGCCGCCAGGCUCAGUCAGCCAGCGCCGUUAGACCACCCCUCCCUGCCUCCCUCGCUCCUCUGGUUGUGCGUCAUAUCAUCUUACGGUCAGCCAUCUCCCACUCGACGGCUGAGCUGGCCUGGAACCACAGGGAAUAGUCCCCCUGAUCCACCACCAGGUAGUCCACCUUGGCCUUAGUCGUGUCUGUGGUGUCCGCGGCGUCGUCAGCCAUAGUCACGUCGUCAGCCACAGUGGUGUUGGUGUCCCCGGGAGCCUCCGUCACCGGCCCCUGUGCGUAUGCGAUGGCCACCAGGGCGGCCGCCAGCUGGAGGACGUGCACAAGCCUGCCCAUGGCGGUGGUGCCUGUCAGGGGUGGGAGGGACUGCGGAGGG